AACAAGGCCCAGAGAGGGGGCAAACGAGAGGAAAAAAAAAAGAAGGAAGAAACCCCCUCGCCUCACCUUCCUCGAUCUCGAGUCUCGACGACACCGGCCGACGCGGCGAUGGAAUACUCCGGCGGCGGCGGUGGCGGCGCGACGCUGUCGGAUAUGUACCAGAGCGCGCGGCGGCUGCUGCUCUCGGCGCGCGACGGCGUGGCCCGCGUCGAGCGCCUCUCCUCGGCGCCCACCUCGUCCUCCUACUCCUCGGCGCCUCUCGUCGGUGGAGGCGCCCCGGGGGACCCUGCGGUCGCCGAGGAGGUGCGGCGGGAGGUGGCACAGAUCCAGGGGCUCUGCGCGCAGAUGGAUCGGCUCUGGCGGUCCAUCCCCGGCAAGGGCCAGCGGGACCUCUGGAAGAGAAAAGUAGAGCAGCUGUCUGAAGAGGUUGAUUCACUGAAGGAGACCCUUGACAGGCAUACUUUGCGUCAACAAAAGCGGAUUCUGGAAGCAAAAGAAAGGGCAGAGCUGUUCGAGAGAGCUAAUGGUGAGUCCUCACAUGUCCUUCGAAUAUUUGAUGACGAAGCCCAGGCAAUGCAGUCAGCUCGCAGCUCCUCACGUAUGCUUGAAGAAGCUUACGAUACAGGUGUCGCUAUCCUUCACAAAUAUGCAGACCAAAGGGACCGACUUAAGAGUGCUCAAAGGAAAGCUUUGGAUGUCCUGAACACUGUUGGUCUAUCAAACUCUGUUUUGAAGCUUAUCGAGAGGCGGCACCGCGUGGACAAAUGGAUCGCAUAUGCUGGCAUGAUCAUAACCAUAGUUGUGAUGAUUGCUUUUUGGCGGUUGACGCAUUAGUGCUGCACUCUUUUAUCUUUGGAGAUAUGGUAUGUGCAUAUCAGGGAAAUAUGCCAGAUACACAGAUGGUGAGAGUUUUAGCUUGCUCUUGUUGGUCCUAUGUAUGCACCAUUUUGGCCUGUUGAUGGCCUCACAAGUGUAAAAGCAGAUCCUUCACAGCAUCGUUACCGGUCAACGCAAGCAUCGGAUGUGGCUUAAGUAUUCAAAUUCCUUCCUUGUAUGCACACCACUGUGUAGCCAUUGCUAAGACUUUCAUGUAAGUGCCCGUGUUUGUGGCUAACGCAAAAGUACAGUGCCACUGUCUAUUUCUGUACAAAACAUUAUUGUAUUCAUAGCAUACGAGGUGGAACGAGGAUUCAUUCGUAGAGGUCAA